UAUUGGAAAAUGAAAUUGUUGAUAUAUGCCCAUCUUCUGGGCAAAUAGAAAUUCUAACUUUCUGCUUUGAAUUCCUAGGAUCUGAAAAGCAGAAAAAGCUUUUAAUAGGUGGAGAAGCCUGCCUGUGGGGGGAAUUUGUGGAUGCAACUAACCUCACACCAAGAUUAUGGCCUCGAGCAAGUGCUGUAGGGGAAAGACUUUGGAGCAGCAUGAAUGUGACCAACUUGCAGGAUGCCUAUAAAAGACUGACUAAUCAUCGAUGCCGCAUGCUCCGCCGUGGCAUAGCGGCUGAACCUGUGUUUGUUGGAUACUGUGCCCAUGAAGCAAGAGGGCAGUAACUGCUGCAAAGACUUCCAGUCAACAACCUGAAGUGCCUCUGGGGUAUGAAUAUAUGUACAUGCAGUUUGAUAUUUGAACCAAGACUUAAGAUUUUCACUUUAAAAAUAAAGUUAUUGGACA